AGAAUCAGUUUCCUCAUGACGACUUGUGGAGCUCUACUGGUGCUGCUGUGCUGUUGUUUGGUGCAGCUCAGAGGAGAGACAAUCAGUGACACAGACACAGCCUCCACCCAGCAAAGCUGCCAGCCGGACAUCCACACUGUGCUGAGAGAGAUGAGCGCUCUGGUGGUGGAGCAGAGAGUGGAGCUCAGAUACACUAAGACACAGGUGGAGGCCAUGGAGACCAGACUGAGGGCCAGUGAGAAGACAGUGGAGGAGCAGAGAGCCGUUAUUAAGGAGCUGAAGGAGAAACAGGAGGAGCAAGCAGCAGCUGUGAGAGCUGUAGGAGGCAGAGUGAACCUCACGGGGAGCCAGGUGGAGGAGCUGAGGAGGGAGAGAGAGGAGAGGAGGGUGGCCUUCUCCGCCUCACUAGUGGCUUCAGGAGAUGAAACCUUUGGGCCCUUUAAAGAUGCAACCCCCUUGGUCUUCAAAAAUCCAUUCAUCAACAUUGGAAGUGCUUACAACCCAAACACAGGAGUGUUCACAGCCCCAGUCAGAGGGGUCUACCACUUUGUCUUUUUCAUCUUUGGGAAUGGUCACGCAAGUACCGCUACCGGGGUGUCCCUCUAUAAAAAUGCCCAACACGCAGUCACCGCCUACUCUCAACAGGCCAGUAUGUAUGUGAAGCCCUCCAAUGGGGCUUCUCUGCUGCUGGAGGUGGGGGACGUGGUCUACCUGAAGCUGUGGCCCAACGGCUGGGCCAGAGACAACGGCUUCUUCCACACCACCUUCUCUGGCCACCUGCUCUUUCCUAUGUGAUUAGAACAGACACAA